UUUCCUGGAUAGUGCAGCCGAACAUUUUAUUCACAUGUAAAUGAGACCCUAUAAAUACCUACUACAACUACCAGUGCCAAUAGCGCAUCUCGUUAAGCUUACACAAUAAACACAGGACUGUUUGCUUUGAGUGUAUAGCUUUUCUGUGACUGGGUCCGCCUGCCAGCUGCCCCUCUCAAGGAUAGAACGUAACUGUGGAUUACAAAUAGCGCUCUUUCCGCUGCUUGGGUUGAAACCAACAUGGCCCCGUCGUCUCGACUCAGCAAAAAUGGAUGUAGUACAGAUGAGGAUGAAUACUACGGUAUUAAAGGAGACAGAAAGGCGAGAAAACCUUUGGUGGAGAAAAAGAGACGCGCCCGGAUCAAUGAAAGUUUGCAAGAGCUCAGGACCCUCCUUGCCGAUUCAGAUUUCCAGUCUAAAAUGGAGAAUGCUGAAGUGCUUGAAUUGACCGUGAAACGAGUUGAGCAUGUUCUCCGAAAACGAUCUCAAGAGGCUGACACCAUGAAUCGAGAGGCGAGCGAGAGGUUUGCGGCAGGCUACAUUCAGUGCAUGCAUGAGGUGCACAUGUUCGUGUCGAACUGCCCAGGUAUUGACGCAACGGUGGCCGCGGAGCUCCUCAACCACCUCCUGGAAUGUAUGCCUUUGAAUGAAGAUCACUUUCAGGACAUGCUUGUGGAUUUAAUGUCGGACACCUCCAGCAACAGCAGCACUUGGCCUACUAGCGAAGGGAUUUGUGUACCCCUGGCUUCCCCCGGGGGCAGGAGUUUAUCUAACGUCUCCUUAGCGUACUCCCCGUCCCCCUCCACUACGUCCUCUGAGGACCUCUGUUCAGAUCUGGACGAAACUGACAGUGAGCAGAACCACAAUUCCCCGGACACCAUGGAAAACCAGGAGGUCCAAAACAUGCCUACAACAGUUUACUCUAAAUCCAUGUGGAGACCAUGGUAGAAGUGUAGUCCAAGCGGCCAGUCCGCUUGAGAAUGAGUAGAAUAAUUGUGAAUCUACCUACUGCAUCUGUUUAGAUAUAGUUACAGAUUCGGCUGCAAACGUUGUGUCAGCUGGCAUUAAGUGGCGUUGCUGUAAGAAACCUUCAGCACUGCUCCAGUCCGGACUAAGAGUC